GCAAGCUGCCCUACAGCUGCAGUGCUUGCUGGCUAGGGUAGGCUUCUGUUCAUGCUGCUGCUGAGCCAACGCGGCCGUCCUCAUCCUGUUCCUGUCAUCCAUCCACUCUCUCUCCUCUCCCUCCCUCCCUCCUCUCCUCUCCUCUCCUCUCGUCUCUCUCUCUCUCUCGUCGCUAUUGGCUAGUUCGCGCGUCUUGUUCCAUAAAUAGGAGUAGUAGGCAGUUCCUCGCUGGUCCUUUGCGCAAAAGAGUACUCUCUCCCUCCUACCACACACAGCCUCCGGACUGCUCCGGACGCGCGCCUCAGAUCUACUCCAACACCUCCGCAGCGGCGGCGCCCGCGGGUGGAGGAGCAGGAGAGGCGGCGCCAUGGUCGGGACCGGGAAGAGGGAGCGGAUAGCGAUACGGAGGAUCGACAACCUGGCGGCCAGGCAGGUGACCUUCUCCAAGAGGCGGCGGGGCCUGUUCAAGAAGGCCGAGGAGCUCUCCAUCCUCUGCGACGCCGAGGUCGGCCUUGUCGUCUUCUCCGCCACCGGCAAACUCUUCCACUUCGCCAGCUCCAGCAUGAAGCAGGUAAUCGAUCGGUACGACUCUCAUUCCAAGACUCUCCAGAGGUCCGAACCGCAGUCGUCUCAACUGCAGUCACAUAUGGAUGACGGCACUUGUGCAAGGCUAAAGGAGGAACUUGCUGAAACAAGCCUUAAGCUCAGGCAGAUGAGAGGAGAGGAGCUCCAGAGGCUGAGCGUCGAACAGCUGCAGGAGCUCGAGAAGACCCUCGAAUCCGGCCUCGGCUCUGUACUCAAAACCAAGAGCCAAAAAAUCCUUGACGAGAUCAGCGGUCUGGAAAGAAAGAGAACGCAGCUGAUCGAGGAGAACUCAAGGCUGAAGGAGCAACUGCAGGUGACACGGAUGUCGAGGAUGGAGACGCAGCUUGGCGCCGAUCCAGAGUUCGUGUACGAGGAAGGGCAGUCGUCUGAAUCCGUGACGAACACGUCCUAUCCGCGCCCGUCCACCGACACCGACGACUGCUCCGACACAUCGCUCAGGCUCGGGCUACCACUCUUCAGCUCCAAGUGACGGAGAUUUGACAUGUCCGGUAGCGGAGCGGUGCCGAUUGCUUGCCCUUCUCCACUCUAGAUAGGUCUGGAUUGGGGGAGAGCAAGCACUGCUGGAUCGGGAAGACCCAAGUGACCAACGCGUCGCAUCAGAAUAAGGCAUUUUGAGUGCUGUAUGAUGUGUGUAUUCUGGCUCUGAAAGUGAGACCUGCUUUUGUUAUAAUACAUACAUACAGGCAGCAUGGCAAUACGUGACGGGGUAUCCGCUGCCUGCAGUCCGUGACCUGUCUGUCGUCUCUGUUUCUAGUACCCGUAUAAUCACCCUGCAAUUACCUGCAGCUGGUCAUCGUUAGGAGAAACUCCAGUCCAUGCAAAUGAACUCCCAGCACUUGUGCUCUUCGCGA